AGAGAGAGAGAGAGGUGUGUGUGUGUGUGUGUGUGUGCAACAGCAGCAGCAAAAAAAAAAGAAAUAGCUGAUGGCCCGUCUCUCCCCGACAGCAGCAAAGCUGGUGUGUGGCAUCCGCUGGACCUGUCGGAUCGCCGCGCCGCCGUGUGCUGUCCCGGUCCAGGUCCCGGUCCCGGUCCCGGUCCCUCGCCGCGGUAUAGUUGACAUGUCCUACUCCCAGCAGUUCAUGGACUUCACAGCCUCCGCCGUCCCCGGCGCCAUGAGGAAGCUGGUGGUCACCGCACUCAGCCCAAACUUCACCGAGGCUGUGCGCACUCAGUCCGCCCGCGUCCCCACCCCCGGAGAUGGAGAGUUACUGGUGCGGAAUCGAUUUGUUGGCAUCAAUGCGUCUGACAUCAACUACGCUGCUGGGCAAUACGAUCCUUCCCUUCGGCCUCCAUUUGGCAUUGGGUUUGAGGGAAUUGGGGAAGUGGUAGGCCUAGGUCUGAGUGCCAGUGCCAAUUAUGCUGUGGGCCAGUCUGUGGCCUAUAUGGCACCCGGGGCCUUCGCUGAAUAUGUAAUAGUGCCAACCAAAAAAGCAGUCUGGGUACCAUCCGUUAAGCCCGAGUUCCUCACUCUGCUGCUCAGUGCCACAACAGCUUAUAUCAGUCUGAAGGAGCUGGGAGCACUGUCUGAGGGUCAGAAGGUUUUGGUGACGGCAGCUGCUGGUGGCACUGGUCAGUUUGCUGUGCAACUGGCCAAGAAGGCAAAGUGUCAUGUAAUUGGCACCUGCUCUUCGGAUGAAAAGGUCAGUUUUCUGAAAUCCAUAGACUGCGAUCGCCCCAUUAACUACAAAACUGAGAACGUCGCUGAAGUUCUUCGAAAGGAAUACCCGGAAGGACUGGACGUGGUCUAUGAGUCGGUGGGAGGCGACAUGUUCAAGCUGGCUGUCAACUGCUUGGCCAUCAAAGGACGUCUUCUGCUCAUCGGCUUUAUUUCGUCCUAUCAAAACCCUGGGGGCCUCAAGGCUGUGGAAGUAGAUAAUCUGGCACUAAAAUUACUCCAGAAGUCCGCCAGCGUACGUGGCUUCUUCCUGCUUCAUUAUCCCUCUCAGUAUCAGGCUGGUCUGAAGCACCUGAUGGAGAUGUAUGAGAGAGGUGAAUUGGUCUGUGAAGUUGAUAGGGGAGACCAGGCCCCAGAAGGCAGAUUUGUGGGGUUGGAGUCCAUCUACCAAGCUGUAGAUUACCUUUACCUGGGGAAAAAUAUUGGGAAAAUAGUGGUAGAGCUCCCGCAGCCAGUAAAGGCUAAAUUGUAACUGGUUAAGAUUCGUAGGGUUGGAGUCUUGGCUGCCAAGCUGUAGAUUGAUCACCUUUAAUUGGAGAAAAAAUAUUGGAGAAAUUAUACAAGAGCUGCCACAGCCAGUAAGGGCUAAUCUGUAAUGGGAUGUUAAUAUACAAACUCCAAAAUGAUAUUUGUGAAUAAUAUUUGUGAACCUCAGAUUGGGUGUCAGGUAGUUACCAUUAAAGAUGUUUGACAUUGA